CUGUGACGUAAUAACAAAAAUAUGGCGGAAUGAGAAUUUAGGAGAAAGCUAUGUCAGGACGACCGCCGAAUGAAAGGGGGCCUCCUGGUGCACAGCAUGAUGUCAGCUCCCCAUACAAACGGGGACGUCCCCAGAGCCCUCCCCAGGUACAGCGACCGGGGUAUCCCUACGGUCAGGAUCCUCAAUCCCACCCCCGGUUUAGUGUCGCCCCGGGGUACUACCCACAUUACCAGCAGGGUGACCAACAGUCACAAGACCGUUACCGGGAAGCUGAGUAUUUACACAUCAGGCGACGCCCAUCCCUUCUGCCAGACUACCAUGGAACUCAUGCUGCAGGCAUAGAGAGACUGGAGAGAUACAGACGUGGAGCUGCUGACGUUCUGCCAUAUGGACAGGAAAAUAUGGGCAACCUUCAGGCCCAUGCUCAAGCACAAGCCCAGGCUCAAGCACAAGCCCAGGCCCAGGUUCAGGUCCAAGUCCCGGUAGGAGAGCCUGGGCCGAGCCCAAGCCAGGCCCAGCACACACACCCAGGACCACAGAUGCCCAAACGACCACGCCUGGCCAUCGACCGGCCAGAGAUUCAACAGCCUCUUCAUAUAGAUGUCAAAAAGGAGCCGACGUACAAUCCUCAAGUGGAGGCAAUAUCCCCGACACUGCCAGCCGACGAGAGUACUAGCCGAUCCUCUAAGGAUGAACUAUUGCAGGCCAUUAGUAGGGUAGACCGGGAGAUCUCCAAGGUGGAACAGCAGAUCCAGAAACUACAGAAAAAACAGCACCAAAUUGAAGAGGAAACUUCAAAACCACCCAGGGAGAAAUCUGAGGCUCCUGAAAUAUCCUCUUCUGAAAGUAAACACCAGAGUAUUGCACAGAUAAUCUACGCAGAAAACAGGAAAAAGGCCGAGGAAGCACACUCAUUACUUGGCAAACUCGGACCCAAGAUUGAGUUGCCCCUGUACAAUCAGCCAUCAGAUACUUUAGUAUAUCACGAGAAUAAAAGGAAACAUGCUGUUUUCAAAAGUCGACUUAUACUGCACUUCAAGAAGAGACACCAAGCUCGCAGAAUCAGGGAGCGUUACCUGACCGACAGGUACGAUCAGCUGAUGCAGGUAUGGCUCAAAAAGAUGGAACGAGUGGAAAACAAUACAAAACGCAAGGCCAAAGAUGCAAAGAUGAGGGAAUAUUACGAGAAAAUCUUCCCAGAAAUCAAAAAGUCCCGUGAAGAUAAAGAGAGGUUCUCCAGCAGGGCUGGUACGAGAAGUGGAAAUAUUGGCCCGUACGCCCGCAGUGAGGCAGAGUUUGAACAAAUUGUCGAUGGACUUCAUGAACAAGAGGAGGAUGACAAGAAGAUGCGUAGCUAUGCCGUGAUCCCGCCGAUGAUGCUGGACGCACGUCAGCGGAGUCUUCGUUACCUCAAUAACAAUGGCCUGAUCGAGGAUCCCAUGGAGGAUUUUAAGGAGCGACCAAACAUCAACGUAUGGACGCCACAGGAAAAGCAGAUCUUCAAGGAGAAGUACCUGCAGCACCCCAAAAACUUCACAGUCAUACAGCAGUACUUAGAGCGCAAGACUGUAGCUGACUGUGUACAGUAUUACUAUCAGACCAAACGAAGUGAAAACUACAAACAACUUCUUCGCAAGCAGACAGUAAAGAAAACAAAACGGCUUCAGAAGCAACAGCCUGCUGCUGCUGCCAUAAAGGAGGAACCAAAAGAAGAACUUGAGGAGCCAGCAUCGUCCGUACUGUCAAUCUCCGGCACAGCCAUAGCUCCGCCCCCCGAACCCGUCAUCAAGAAGGAAGAGGAAAAAAUAGAGGAUGAUGACACGUCUGAUGACAACGAGGUCUCUACAUCUGGAGCCGGUGAAGGUGGGAUACAUCAGUGUGCAAUCUGUACACAGCAGUUGGAGCACUACGGUCUGAGCCGACCUUUGACUCGGGCCAACUGUGAGCUGUAUGGUAUGACUGAGGCCGAUCUCAAGGUGGACAUGAGAGUGUGCAGCAGCUGUCGCUGUAAAUCUGUUCGUCGUCGUUACACACAGUGUCCAGUUCCAACCUGUAAAACCCCAAAGAGGAAAGUAAAACGUCUGCGACCGCUUCCUCCCAAAUGGGCGGACUUGUCAGCAGAGGUGAAGGACCCCAUCAUCAAAGAUCUUCAGUUGACGGAGGAAAUCACGAAGUGUUGUUCAGCGUGUUUCAACAGGAUUGCGAGACGCCUCGGCACUAACCCUCAGACUAAUGAACCGAUUGUUCCACUCGUCCCAGAAACUAACGAAGCAGAAGUAGUGGAAACAUCGAGAUGGACUGAGGAAGAAAUGGAGGUCGCUAAACAAGGUCUGAGACAACAUGGCCGAGACUGGGCAGCCAUCGCCUUAAUGGUUGCCACAAAAACCGAAGCACAAUGUAAAAACUUCUACUUCAACUACAAAAAGAAGUUUAACCUGGAGUCCAUUAUACAGGAGCACAAAGAGAGGCAAGAAGAUGCUAAACUAAAGGAAGGUGAUAAGAGGACCACCUCCAUCUGUGAGAGCAUGGCGUCGACUGUGACUGCAGAGUCAGGGGGUGAAGAAGACGAGAUCUCUGAUAUUGACUCGGAUACAGCGAGCGCGCCCAGCCCCACUCCAUGCGCAGAGGAAGCAGGUACCCUGAAGGAUAGGAUGGUAAAACCUGACGUUAGCAUGGAGUCCACCAACGAGGCGCAGCCGUCACAGCCUCUUGGCCUGUCACAGAAUAACCUGACCUCUAUUAAACCACUGAGCACGUCCCAGGGCAGUCUACGCAGCAUUGACAAUGACAGCAGUGCCACAAUGAGUGCCGACGAGGCACCGCCGACGUCUGGAAGUGGAGUCAGUCACGGAGUGUCCACUGAUGCCAGAGACACAUUCAGCCCGCGAACAUCUGGUAUCCCGGCGACCAGAUUGAACUUGGCACACCAACACCCUGUUGUAUCGUCUCACAUGCCACAUUCCACUGGCGUGCAUCCUGGCUCUGUGCCACCGCAUGCAGCUCCGAUGCAUCCACAGCAUUCUCAACACCAGGGGGCACCGGCACCGCAUUCACAACCUGGCAUUCCUGGGUCGCAAAUGAUGGUAUCAAUGGGCCAUGCGCAGGGCCCCUCAGGAGUUCCCUUCACUCAAGGUGGAAUUCCUCCUUAUCACUAUUCGACUAAGGGGGGCUCCAUAACCCAAGGGCGCCCAAUCACUCAACUCGUAUCAGCCCCGGUGGGACCUGGGGACAGAGAGAGUGAUCGGCGUCCCCAAGAUGUUCCUAUUAUCAAAGAAUCUCCCCCAUCAGGGCCCCCUCAGCCACAGUCUGGGAGCCAACAAAUGAUGCCGGAGUUAAGAAACAAACAAUUCCUGCAGAAUUUGCUGAUGCCUCAGGACCAAGGGUCCCACAGCCGACCAUCAAGUACAUUGUCAGAGCCUGGCCUGAUGCCGCCCUCCGCCCCUUCCCAUCGCAGUCUCUCCCCAAGUGCGGACAGGCGUGGCCCCAAACCUGCAUGUGUUCGUGAUCUGAUCAACUCGGCUAUAGAGAGGAACCUGGGACAUCCACGCUCCUCUCAUCAGGACUCUCCCCAUCCUGAGAAACGUCCAGCUUCAUCUGAACCAGUGUAUAGUCCUCAGCUUCUCAACACCAUGCAGCCACAGUAUAUAAUACAGGACCUCCGAAAGGACAAGCCUGAGCAGUCUGUGUCACCCGCCUACUCAGGUCGCAAUUCUCUGUCUCCAUACCACACUAUGGCACGGCAACUCGAAAAGGAGGCAGACAUGCGUGAAACCAGAGAUAUGCCGCAGGAUUUAUCCAAAGGACCUCAUGGUUACCGUGGCAAUCCAAGAGAUUUGGAUCCACGUUCUUCUGGCCAUUCUGAAUUUCGACGACAUGGUGAAGACAAUGUUCCAAGACAACCAGCUCCUCCUCCUGCACAUUCGCAGCGUCCAGUGUUGUAUCCUCCGACAGAAAUUCCUGGGCGACAGACUGCUGAGGGACACAAGUCCCCUAGUCCCUACCCUCAUGAUCGACAGAGUUCCCCUGCCUUGAGGCACCUAUCACCUAGCACCUCCCCCUAUGCCCAUGUGCCCCCUGGACUGGACCCUCACCGUGCAGCCCAGCCUAACAGACAGGGGGUUAUUCCACCUCCACCUCCUUUAAUCAACAAGGGGCCUUCUCCAAAGCUGCCCAAGUCUCCACCCACUAGUGUCCACCCAUCAGCCCUGGUUGGCAUGCAUCAUGGUUCUAUCACACAUGGGACACCUGGUUCAAUCACUCGUGGCACUCCUAUAGUGUCCAUGCAACAGGGCAUGCCUGCAACCAGCCACCCAAAUAGUAGCAGAGUGAUGGCUGUCGGCCGUGCUUCACACACUGACAGUCGCCACCAGCAGCAAGUAAGGGCGGUGGGAUCCAUCACAUCGGGCACACCUAUCAACAGGGAAUCUUCAGCAGGGAGAGGUGGUCCCCAGGGAGGGGAUCCCAGGAUGUACGACCCCAGAUUUCCCCAGGCCAUGUAUGAUCCUAGGAUGUUGGUGUCAGAGCGAAUGCGUAUGUUCCCACAGGGAAUUCCCUAUCCAUUCCAACAGCCAACUGAGCAACAGACUAUGAGCAAGCAGAUCAAUGUUGAUUUCAUGACUGCUCAACAGAUGCAGGCGCAGCGGCAUGCUCCUGGGAAGGAGAGGGAGGGGCCUGCUUCCCCUCGUGGAGGCUCCAAAGAGCCAGUACGCCAGCAUCAACCCCUCAUCCCCGUUCAUCCUGGAUACCAACAAGGCCUGAUGUAUGUUCACCAGCCUCCAACACCUAUGUCAGACCGCCAAGGAAAUACACAUUCCUCCCCACACCCUUCAUCUCAUGGAACUCCCUCGCCCCAUGAUGAAAAUCUCUCACCUGGCUGGUCCCGUUCACAGAUUUCAGGACACAGUCACAGCCCCAAUAUAGCACCAGCAAUUCGUAGCAUCACUGCAGGAACAGGAAGGCCAAGCGUCAUCACGGAUAUAACUAGUCGACAGGAAGCAUAUAUAGAGGGCCAACCUAUGAUGAGAUCACAGGCCAUAUCACCACGACAGUAUCCAGAAGGUCCUUUCCAAAACCAUCCACCAAUAAUGGGGCAUCGCCAUGGUGCACUGCCAGCCCAGUCAGAAUACAGUACAGUACCAGGUCGUGGACAGUACCAGGAGGAAAGGCACAGGCAUGUGCAGGAGCAACGCAUUCGUGGGUUCAAUAUGGAAGAGCAGAUUCGCAAGGAAAUUAUGGAAAGUCAACGAAAGGAGGAGAAGAAUGACGAUGUCGUCAUGACAUCAAAGUCUGAGUCAUCUCGUAGCCCAGCUUCAAUGCAGUCCCAGUCCUCCAAGCCGAAUAUUCCUACCGACCUGUUCAAGGCAUUUGUGUCUGACCAAGCACAGUCCACCGCAACACGAGACAGUCCACGUGGACCCUCGGCUCUCACAGCUGCUAAUCUCAUAGAUGCCAUUAUUAUUCACCAGAUCAAUCAAUCGAUAGAUGAGCCUGACAGCAAAAUCCCCAAGCAGGAAGUUCAGUCGGCAGGUGGUCCCCACUCAAGUCAACUUGCCCCAGAACCAGUAGACACGGCACCAGCAAUGACUCCCCUUCAGGACCAAAAGUCUCCAACUCAAAUGCACGGAAAAAAGAAGUGGGUCAUCGAAUCUCAGUCAGGCUCCACCCCACGGGCAACCCCUCCAACCCCCACCAGUACUGGGAGUGCCCCGCAGAUGCCGACCCCGCCAGGAGAGAGGCGCUCGCAAGGAAUGGCGAUGUCCCCUGGGGCUGCUGACGGGAACCGGGGACAGGAUAAGUCCCCCUCAGGAAUGUCAACAGGAGGCAACAAACCAGGCAUGACCCUGGGAGAACACAUCAACUCUAUCAUACUCAGUGACUACAAUACAAGACCAGUCAACAACAAGAAUGGUGUACUCAGUCAGCUUGGAGCCCUUAACAACAACACUCCCCCAGACAGCCAGCAGGAACGAAACAAUCCCUCACCGAUGUCGACUCACUCCCAGUCUGAUACGUCUUCCACAGUGUCUGCGGACUCCACACGCUCAAGAAGCUUUUCCCACGGGACGACGCCCCCUCAGAGUGGUUACAGCAGUCAUGGGACCACUCCACCUCAAAGUGGCUACGGUGGGCACGGGCAUAAGUGGAAGAAAGCACAAAUACAGGAGGCUGAGAGAGAGAUGGCCAGCAGCUCUGGUCAGACAGACGCCUCGCAACCAAUGUCUACUGGAGCUCCUCAUGGGGAGGACCGGUCAACGCACCCACCAGAUAUCACCCCAGAGUCAACAGAGCGGAAACAUCACACGCCUGACCAGUCACAUUCACCACGGCUACGUUCUCCUCAUAUCAGUAGUCUCUCGGACCCCAAAUCUCCCAUGGCCCCUGCUGACAGCAGUGAAGUUCUACCCACCAAGAUCUCUCCGCCCCGAUCCCCACGCUCACGAUCGGGAUCAGUGACGGCCAGUCACCAGCACAUCACCAGUCUACUGUCACGCCCACAGAUGAGUUUCCAAUCACACAGUGAAAGCACAGGGAAUUCUCCUCCUUCGGCAGAGUCCUCCACCGGCUCAAAGGCGGUCAGUGUCCCCUCUGACAUAUCACCCCUUGACUAUGUGAAAAACAAAAUUGCUGAGGUGUUACGCGAUGACAGCAUUAAUGACAUGCCCAAGCCCUCGGGCCCGCCCCGGGGGUCACUUUCCUCCCCACAGCAGUCUGGGUCCCCUAGAGGCAUGGGCAUGGGAAAACUCCCCGGGCAGCUUCUGCAGGCCCCUGGACUACAGAGCUUUUCUGUCCAGCAGGGGCGGGCCUUAUCACCUAUGACGACCAUACAGGGUGACCAUAUCAAAGGACAUCAACGGGAAAUUCAGGGGCCCCAAAUGGGUCACCAACGAGAUACACAAGGAUCAUCCAUGGGACAUCAGAGGGAUAUGGCUGGAGCUCCAAUGGGGCACCAAAGGGAGAGAGAAAUGCCAGGAUCUCAAAUGGGGCACCAAAGGGAUAGAGACUUGCCAGGAUCUCAAAUGGGGCACCAAAGGGAGAGAGACAUGCCAGGAUCUCAAAUGGGACACCAAAGGGAGAGAGACACACCAGGAUCUCAAAUGGGGCACCAAAGAGAGAGAGACAUGCCAGGAUCUCAAAUGGGACACCAAAGGGAGAGAGACACACCAGGAUCUCAAAUGAGGGAGAGAGACACACCAGGAUCUCAAAUGGGGCACCAAAGGGAGAGAGACAUGCCAGGAUCACAGAUGAGUCACCCAAGAGAAAAUAUGUCUGGGUCCCAGAUUAGUCAUCCAAGGGAGAGAGAAAACAUGUCAGGACUACAAAUUGGGCAUCAAAGGGAAAGAGAAAAUAUGUCGGGGCCUCAAAUGGGGAACCAGAGGGAAAGAGAAAAUAUAUCAGGAUCACAAAUGGGCCAUCCAAGGGAGAGAGCAAAUAUGACUGGGCCCCAAAUGGGACAUCAACAGGAAGUCCCACGGCCUCUGUCUGGACACCAAAGGGAACCUCCUGAAUCGUCAGUGGGACACCUUGAUUCCACUCACCAGCGUGAUACCCAGUCACACAUUGGUCACCAAAGAGAGGCUACUCAUCACCCUGGAGGUCAACGUGAAUCACAAGAGUGGGAACCGGCAACACAAUCAGAUUCAAGCAAUUAUCCCACCAGCUCAACACAGGGUGGGGGAGAGGGGCAAGGAGGGGACAAGGAGGGUAAGUCUGGAGGAGGAGCUGGGGAUAAAAUGCCACCCAUGCAUCACCCCCUCAGAAAACGUGGCAUGUUCAGCCGAUCACGUGUAGUGCGAGACGAGGCUGGUGGAAAGUUCACGGUAACAGCUUCUGGGCGCGACCACACAAAGUCUAGCCCAACAUCUGCCUCGGACAUGCAGCGACCUGCAUCAGAAAAGAAAGGUCCGCGGUCAGAGUAUGACUUUCCGGACAGCCCUGAUGACGAUCCAUUGGUGGCUAAAAAGCCUAGUAGCUAUAUGGCUCUGUCAGGAUCCACACGAAGUCCACGUCGUGGAGUUGUUGACAGUUCUGAUGGACGCACAAGCUCCCAGGGGUCAUCAGAGAGUGGACGGGGCUCCGACAGUCAUGUACAGAGCUCUAGUGACAGCCGUUCAGGGGAAGGACAGGAUGCGGGAAGUCAUGAUGGCUAUCGAAGUGGAAUCGAGGCAAACUUUGGACGCCCAGACCAAGGGCCAGGAGAAGCCAAGAUGUCACGGCGAUCAUCCAAACAUGAUUCUGAAGGCGAUGACAGUUCCAACAUUUCCCAUCCAAGUGUGGAUAGCACUCACACAGACAGAAUGGUCAUUGAUGAGAUGGCUGGAGUAGACAGUUCAUCUGGAGGAGACGUGACGUCAGCGUCGGCAAUGCCGGAACGUCCGCGAUCAUCACGAUCAUCUAGAGACAGCGACAAUAGUCCACGAAGCACCACAGAGAACCUGGAGGCUGGAGAAUUUGGUUCAUCACAGGGGAGAGGUCAAGACAAUAUGGGCGGGUCCCUCGGCUUCCCCCAUAGGUCACGAAGUCCUCGUGGAAGUGGAAUAGGUGGGGACAUGCACUACCAAAGCUCUGAUGCCCAUCAAAGUGUGGAGUCCACAUCUUCAAGCAUUGGCUCCGGGUCAACAGGUGCAGUGCCGUUUUCCAGCAGUCAGCAUGCUGAAUCUGAACGAUCAGGCUAUAAUCCACGCGUCCCGGAACCCGUUCUACUGAGGUCAUCCAAGUAUGACGAUCUGUCGGAUGACGACGAUUGAACGUCUAAUCAGAGUUGGAUGUCUAACAUACAUACUGAUUUUGAUCAGGACUUAGUACAGAUGUUGUACAGCACUAGACUCUCCGUGCAGUAUGACCAUAGCUUAAUAAGUAAAGACACUCAGCAAGUUACGUAUACAUACAGAGGGGUUACGAACAGCUGCAGAAAGUCAAAAAUAACUAAAGCUACUGUAUAUUCUGUACAUACUGACCCUGGCCAGACCUGGUGAUGAAUUUAGUGCUAUAUAUGGUUUGUGAUGUUUUUUUAUUAGGAGGAAUGUCCUGUCUUCUGUUUCAGACACUUUAACAGACAUGAAUGCUCUAACUCGUUGAAGGCUUAGACGAGCCAAAGACCUUCGGCUAUAUCGACUUAGAAGUAUGAGAAUUUGUUUUAGCAGAAAAGUUUUAAAAAUAAUUCAACAGACGUGGUAAAAAGUGUUAAACUGAUUCCGAGUACACACAGAUCCCUGAUAGUGCCAGCCUAGCUACAGCCCUAUUGGUAUGUAAGUCUGUAUUACAUGAAAUAUAGGUUCGAAAAGCAUCAACGUGUAGGAUAAAAAAAAUCCAGGCCUAUACAGUUAUUUUCUAGGCAAUUUUGUUGUCAAAAUCUUUGCAGUACAGCAAUGUAAAUUUGGGAAUUCAAUAAUUUUAAUUAAGUGCUGUUUGGAUUAAGAUAACCUUUUGCAUUUGUGUCACGAUUCCUCCAAAAAUAUUUGUGUGAAUACACUUGAUGUUAUUGUAUAUAUGUGCUGAUCAUAAAUGAAACUCUGUUUAAACACUGAACCCAGGAAUAUGUGAUAAAGUAUUUUCCUUCAAAACGGACAAAGAUAACAACAGCAUGUUUCCUAUCAACUCACUAAAGGUAGAGGGUCACAGCUCUAUGUUGUUCAAUUUUUUCCUAACUUGGAUUUGUCUUACUAUUAUUGCAGUAAGUUAUAUUUUAAAGAAAUAUAUUGAUCAUCAUCAUGACUUCCUUUCAUAAAAACAUAUCUGGCAAAUGGAUUUGAUUCCCGAACUCUUGAUCAUACAGCAGAGUACUUAUUCACAGUGUUAUUGGUCAUGAUAUUUAUCAUACUGUUCUCUGUAACAUUACCGGGAUUCAUCCAGAAUGGCUGAAAGUACAAUUUUGUUAAUCAUAUACCAGAGGUUUUGCUCCCGGUCAUAAGUAAUAAUAGGUUCAAUGGAUUGACUGUAUUUAUUCUCUCUCUCAUUAAAUGACAUUUAACCUUUUGAAACUUCGGCAUUCAAAAUACCAGAAAUUUCACAUUUAUAUACCUUAACAUUUUCAUAAUUUGGGUGACUUCUUCUUGAGGGUGAUGAAAUAUCAAUAUUGUUUUUUUCAGCAUUUUUACAAGAGAUGAUGUUUUACCUCGUAAAUGUAUCCAUUUUCCCCUGGCUUCAGCCUGACAUUAUAUUGAAAAAUACCCACCAAAAUCUCAUAUUGAGAAUUCCCAACAUUCAUCACCGAGUUUGUUAUUGUUGCCGAGAGCAAGUCACAUAUUGAUCAUGCAUAUAAUUAGAUAAAUAAGUGUCGUCAUUUACAGAUUAUUCAGGUUUUAUUCCCCAGAUUUUCAUAAAUGAUCUUUUUCUGACAAUUUCAUGUUAUUUAAGAAGCUGAUACAUCUAGAACAAUAAACAUAUUAUUUAUGUUGAAAGUUGUAAAACGAGAUUAUUUUGAUGCUAAAUGUUUUCUUCUUCAUAAUGUAUGUCUUUCGUAGAAUGUAAAGAAUGCCUCCUCAUAGUUAAGGGCAAAAAUAAUAAAUUCUACGAAAAAUAAAAGAACAAUUUCAGCAAAACGUUAAUUUUACAGUCUCCAAUAAUUACUGCUGUUGUAUACUUAACUCAUCUUUUUUAGGUUUCUGUCGAUUUUCUGCAGUAUUUUAAAUGUUACAAUUACUUUUGCAAUGUUAGAGAAGUUCCGAUCUUUCGGUAAAUACCACCUGUGGUAUAAUUUUCAAAAGGCAGUGCUUGGAUUUAUAUAGGUUACUGCCAGGUUAAACUUACCUGUUUAGUCAACCAGCCUACACACUGGUAAUGCAGUUUGUUUGAUAACAUAGUUACUUUACUUACUAUAUGUAUAUUCUGUACCUACUUACUAUAUGUAUAUUCUGUACCAGGACAGAGGCUCCGGUAAAUACUGUUUCUCCUGGUUUGAAGUAGAUAAGUUUUUUAAAAGCAUCAUACAAAAAAAGUUCUAGAAUAAUUUCUACAUAAUUCAUUUAGCCAUUCUUAAAAAUUACAUUUUCCCUUCGCUCUGUUAUAUUCAUUUACGGUUUAUGAAACCAAAUCAUUAUCAUUAAUAGUUUUCACAGCGUUACCAUACUUGUUUAUAAUGCCCGUAUAUGGUGUUUCUGUCAUAAGAUGUGCCCUUUAACCUCUCGCAUUAAUUAGUAUGUAAAGCAGGUUUCACUUAUCUUCUGACUAUUGUGUGUCAAUGGUACGGUGUCUAGAACAAUAAAGAUGUUAGUAUACACACUGUA